AUGUUCUCUGGAUUUGGCGGAAUCGGAGGAUUCCCUUCUGGAUUUGUGAAUGUUCCUCAGAAAUUUGAAGAUUAUUUCAGAUGCUACCCAAUUGCAAUGAUGAAUGACCGGAUUCGCAAAGAUGAUGCGAAUUUUGGGGGCAAAAUAUUCUUACCACCUAGUGCGCUGAACAAAUUGACCAUGCUCAACGUUCGAUACCCUAUGCUGUUCGAGUUGACGGCCCCAGAUUCUCAAAAAAAGACACACGGGGGUGUUUUGGAGUUUACAGCAGAAGAAGGCCGUGUGUACCUGCCACAAUGGAUGAUGGAGUCCCUGAACGUAAACCCCGGGUCCUUGCUUCAAAUAGGCUCCACAGAUUUGCCCUUGGGUCAGUUUGCUAAAAUAGAACCACAAUCCGUUGAUUUUCUCGACAUCUCAGAUCCCAAAGCGGUGCUGGAAAAUGUGCUUAGGAAAUUUUCCACGCUCAGUGAGGACGAUAUUAUCGAAAUCAACUACAACAAUCACAUCUACCGUAUCAAAGUCCUGGAAGUCAAACCCGAAUCUAACGCUAAAAGCAUAUGUGUGAUUGAAACCGACUUGGUGACCGAUUUUGCUCCACCGGUUGGCUAUGUAGAACCAGACUACAAAGCCCUCAAAACACAGACACCUAAGGUUGAUCCCUCCGCAAGAGGAAUGGGACCCAUGUCCAAGCGAAUAGAUUACGCGGCUGCAGUGAACGCGAGCCAGCAAAAUAAAUCUGCUUUUGGUGGCCAAGGCCAGAGCCUAAAAGGUCAAACGAAGGACAGAAACAAAGGCAGAGAAGAUGAUCCUGACUUACGAGAUAUAAAGAUUGAUUUGAAUGGCCCACCUGCCCCGUUAAAUGUUCCGGACGGUGUUCUAUUUUUUGGAUUUCCUAUUAUUCCAAAAAGCGACGACCAGGAGCAACAAGCUGCUGAAGGAGACUCUAAGAUACACUUUGCCGGCGCAGGCCAAAGCAUAAGGCAAAGUAACAAUAAGCGUCGUAGCACCAGAGAUUAUGUUAGUCCUAAGGUCAAGGCGCCAAAGAGUCCCGAGGUAAUAGAAAUAGAUUAA